CAACGGCUCAUUUGUCGUCCUCUUUGUGGGGCUGUUGCUUAAAGUUUUGAACCGCAACCCUGGAUUGGAGGAACGAUGUGUUACAGGAAGAUGUGAAAGUGCUUCGCACGUGCUGAGGCGCCUAUGCUGCCGGUCCUUCAGUCGCCCCACAAAAAUUAACGCGUUCUACACCAAGUCCACCCAGCCUGGUGACUCGUUGCGCGAGAGCUCUUAUAGUCGCAAGAUCUGGUUCCCGCUGGGUGGUGCAUGGAGGGAGCAAGAGAGGGGCUUAGACAGGGAGGCGGGCAGCGCUGGGUCACACGGAUCAAGUGGGACCUUUGAGAACCUGGUGCACGGCGUAGCUGCCAAGGAGCCGGUGACACCGUGGGAGGUUCAUUUGGUGGGGCCACACGCUGAAAAGAGGGCGACCACUGGGAGUGACAUUUUUUGGACAAACGCAACGCACAGCGGUAGGAGUGUCACGUCGGAAGUCAUUGUCAUUACAUCACCCUUUCGCGUUGCUGGGGAAACAUGACCUAUUUUGAAGACAUCUGCCCGAGGCGUUCAAGGUACGCGCUGCUGCUUGGCAGCAGUUGGCUGAAAUCGCUGCGCAAGACCUGGAACCAACUAUGACUAUAGCAGACUUGAUCCAACAGGAGGCUUGUGCGAGCUUCAUUGAGAUUGCGGGCUGACCGCUGACGGAAUGUCGAUUUCUCGAUCCCGGUGCUUGCUUGCUCGCUUGCUUGCUUUCUUUCAAAGCUCCACAUUCUGACCCCGAGCAAUCGUUCCCUUAGAUUCUAUUGGUGGGCUGACUCACCUUGCGGACCGGGUUCGUGCAGCGGCCACCGCGAAGGCGCCUCCCACCAAAAUGGUGGGGCGAACAUUUGCUGCGUGGCGGGGCUGGGGCCUUGGCGUCCGUGAUAGACGCUCCGUUUCACGGCGUACAGGUCCGAAUGUAGAUGCAGAAAAACAGGAGUGUCAUAGAUGGAGCGGAUGCAUGCUGCCUCAAACAUUUUUAUCACACCGACUGACCUUGCGGACGGUGUUGUGUGUUGGGCAGCAAUGCCUGGGCAUGGCCUAGAUCCAGCCGCCG